CCUUACCCAUUAUUAAAAAUCCUACACUAUCAGUAACUGAAUCAGGAAAGUCGAAAGGCAGCCCCAUCUUCCCCCAUUUCAACCUGACAAAUUGUUCUCAAGAAUAUCCAUUACCAUGUGCAUAUAGUGAAACAAUUCGAGAUCUUUUUGUAUGAAACUUGUGUGUAAAAAUUUUCAAGUUAUGAAAAGUAAAUCGCGUUCAAGAAAUGGAAGUAAUGUUGAAAGGAGGGGAAUUGUGGAGGAUGCUUCAUUGAAUAAAUCAAGUGUGAAGGUUGAUUUUGGCAAUUUGAUAUGGGUCCAGCUCAACGGUCAAUCAUGGUUUGGUCAGGUUGUUGAUGAGAAGGCUGUAGGUGGGAACAAAAAGCCCACAGAAAAAGUAGCUGGUGAAGUCCUUGUUCGCUUGUAUGGAAGCUACACAUAUUUGUAUGUAGAUCCCAUUAAAUCUCAACUGGAAUAUGAGAAGAUAAUGGAGAAAUACCAUGGCAGUCUUAUUAACAUACUAGGUGAAGCUCUAAAGCAGGAUCUCCUUUAUCUCAAAUCUGGUGCAAUGGAUAUGGAAGACAUGCAAUCUAAGGCAGAAACACUCAGCGCCGGUGCAUCUGAAGGCAAAGGAAACAACAAAAGUCAGGACAUGACACCCUCAACUUCUAGAAAAUGAGAAGGAGAUGAAUUGGACAAUGCAGAUCUUUAGUGGCUUGGAAUCAUAACUACAUGCGAUCUCUAUACUUAAUCUUCAAGUAGUUUAUAAUAUUAUUAUGCAGCUCUAUUACUGUUGACAUUCCAUACAGGCAAUAGCUUCAGCAGGAGAAUAUACACCACGAGGGCGUCGAAUGAAGGUAAUGCAAGCACUUGGUUUGAUGGCUCCUCCUGGAUCACCAUUUUAUCCAAAGUAAUACGUCCUUGUGACUCUGGGAUCUGUUUCCUGUACUCCAUCUGUUGACCAUGUUAUGAACUAAAACCCUCAUGAGGCAUAGAGUUGCUGGUACUAACAGCUAGAUUUAAUAUUAACUAUUCCAGGGAAGUUUUCAUCGGAAAGUAAUUUGUCUUAUGGCAGAUCAGUUGUCUGUAGUCUACUUGAUGAUUAUUGAAGUAAAUAUCGAGGAUUGAUUUGUCAAUCACAAUUAUGUUUGGGAUUGAGACAUUAUUGUCGUUAUGUUAGAUGCUAACAUCUGGAAUAUGAUAAUACAGUAUUUUGAGAUGUUCCUUGGACA